AUGCUCGGCAGGAUCCACGAUGGUCACCUCGAAGAGUCGAAGUGUCGAGAACGGGCCAAAUCUUCCAUUUGGUGGCCUGGUCUAAGCUCCGAGAUACGGGAAGUCGUCUCAAGAUGCGACCAUUGCCAGCGGAAACGUCCAGCACAACCAAGCGAACCUCUAAACCUGACAGCUCUACCUGAGUGGCCGUUCCAAAUGGUUGGUGCUGACCUAUGCAACUACAAGGGACAUGACUACCUCGUACUCGUGGACUACUUCUCAAGGUACUUGGAGGCGGCCUACAUGCCAGACACCACCUCAGAGACUGUUGUGUACAAACUGAAAAACAUCUUCGCUCGGUUUGGCAUUCCAGAACUACUGGUGACUAAUAACGGUCCCCAGUUUGUGUCAGACCGUUUCCACAAAUUUGCCAAGGGCUGGGGGUUUAAACACACGACCAGCAGUCUUCAUUUUCCCCACAGCAACAGCGGGUCGGAGAGAGCAGUCGAGGAAGCGAAGAAAGCCCUGAGUCAGGACGACCCAUUUCUCGCACUCCUGAUCUACAGGUCUACACCGGUGUCACCGACGGGGGCGAGCCCAGCGGAACUUGCUCUUGGGUGA